CCUUCUCUGAACAAGUAACAACCAAACGCGAAGUGCUUGGGAAGAAGCCGAGGAAGCGUUUCGAGAGAAAGAGAGAGAGAGAUGGGUGGGUGGUCUAUAGCAGUGCAUGGUGGUGCUGGUGUGGAUCCAAAUCUCCCAUUACAGCGUCAAGAGGCAGCCAAACAGCUCCUCACUCGCUGCCUCAAUCUCGGCAUCUCUGCUCUUCGCUCUUCCCUAUCUGCUAUCGAUGUUGUUGAACACGUUGUUCGAGAACUGGAAACAGAUCCUCUGUUCAAUUCCGGACGAGGAGCGGCGUUAACAGAGAAAGGGACGGUGGAGAUGGAGGCGAGCAUCAUGGAUGGCCCCAAGAGGAGGUGCGGGGCGGUAUCGGGAUUGACGACCGUCAAGAACCCAAUAUCGCUCGCACGCCUCGUCAUGGAUAAGUCACCCCAUUCUUAUCUCGCUUUCUCCGGCGCUGAGGAAUUCGCCAAGCAACAGGGUGUUGAGCUGGUGGACAAUGACUACUUCAUCACAGAAGAAAACUUGGGAAUGUUGAAACUGGCCAAGGAGGCAAAUACAAUUAUGUUUGAUUACAGGAUCCCAUUGAUAGGACUAGAGACAUGUGGUGCUGGGGCGGCGAUGGAAAGCCCAAUACAGAUGAAUGGGCUCCCAAUCAGUGUUUACGCACCGGAAACAGUUGGGUGUGUGGUGGUGGACAGCCAGGGGAGAUGUGCGGCGGCCACCUCCACCGGAGGACUUAUGAACAAGAUGAGUGGCCGCAUUGGCGACUCACCCUUGAUUGGAUCGGGGACUUAUGCUUGUGACCUCUGUGCAGUCUCAUGCACAGGAGAAGGUGAGGCCAUCAUACGUGGUACCCUGGCUAGGGAUGUAGCGGCGGUGAUGGAGUACAAAGGCCUCCAACUGCAGGAGGCGGUGGAUUACGUUAUAAAGCAUAGGUUGGACGAUGGCAAGGCCGGCAUGAUCGCCGUGUCCAAUAAAGGGGAGGUUGCUUAUGGGUUUAACUGUGUAGGUAUGUUUAGGGGCUGUGCCACUGAGGAUGGUUUCAUGGAGGUUGGCAUCUGGGAGUAGUUACUUUUGUAGUCCCUCCAUCUCUCUCUCUCUGUAAUGGGUCUGUGAAAGAUGGCCUCAAUAAGAUAGAAAUAGGAGAGGCCGACGUUGUUGUUUUAGCUUCUGGAAAAUUGUAUUCCAGUGUUUGGGUA